UCGCGGUCUACGUGGGCGCGCGAGCGGCGCGGGGUAACGAGCGCGCGCAAGUGGCGCUGCAGCUAGCUGGUUGGCGGGACUGCUGGCCCAGCUGAAAUGGUUCCUCCUCCUCCACCUCCGCCCCGGUUGCUUCUGGUAGCCCUGGUGGGGCUCCUGAGCCUUCACGAGGUGGUGGCUGAGCCGGCGGAGAAGGCAGGAACCCCUUGUCCCGAAGGCCUGUGGCCUCUGCCUCCACAGGUGUUACCAAGAGUGACUUACACACAGGUGAGACAAGGACAGGCUGAGGGUAUCACCUUCUUUUACCACCCCUGUGCCCACCCCUGGCUGAAGCUCCGGCUUGCUGUCUUGGCCCAUGUGUGUGUGUCUAAACCCACACUCAUCCCUGACUUCAGUCUCACUUGGGACCGGCCCUUGGUGCUGACAGCAUGGGGGGCUUCACUGGAGAUGGCGUGGAUAGAGCCAGCUUGGGUUGUCCACUGGCUGAAGAGGAGGCGGCGGCGGAAGCAGAGAAAGAAUGUGUGGUUUCUCUCUGACAAUCGUUUUGGGCCCACUCCCAUGAUGCCAGCCUCCAGAAGAGGGAAGCUGUGUGGGAGAUGGUGUGUACAGGCCCCGACUCUGGCAUUCGCUCUGCGGAGCUGGCGACCUCCUGGUACAGAGGUGACAUCUAGAGGACCCAGGCGGUCCUCCAUCAGUGUUGUCAGGAGAAGGGGUCUCCGAGCUGCCCUUGGUCUCCAGUCUACUCCCUCAGGCCUGAGGGUUUCCUUGGCCUCUUCACAGAGCCUGAAGGCCCAGCAGCCGACUUUGGGAACCUCAUCUGUGGCCCCGGUCUCCUCGAUGACUGGGGGACCUGGAGGGAAUGGUAGGUCCAGGACAGAGGCUCGGAUGCCCAGUGGGCAAGGCAGCCCUGGAGGUUGUUCCUGUCCGGGUCAGGUUUCCCCAGUGCCUCGAGCAGCAGUGCCUCCCCGGGUGGCCCGAGGGCCCACUCCACGUACUGAAGAGGCCGCUUGGGCUGCCAUGGCUCUGACCUUCCUCUUGGUCCUGCUCACCUUGGCCACUCUUUGCACACGACUGCACCGGAACUUCCGCAGAAGCGAGAGUAUCUACUGGGGGCCCACGGCAGACAGCCAGGACACUGUGGCUGCUAUCCUGAAACGGAGGCUGCCUUUGCCCUCGCGCCGGCUCAAGCGGUCUCGCAGACGGCCCCUGCUCCCACCCACACCGGAUAGUGGCCCUGACUCGGAGAGCUCAGACUGAGCGGCUCCGCCCCCUGUGACCGCUGCCACGUGGGCUGCCCGCGGGCGCCCCCUGGCGGCAGGCGGAGAGGCCCUGGAGGCUUCUCUCGGUUUCUUGGAGAGUAUCCUUCUAGCCACCCUGAUACAAAUUCCUGUUUCUAAUUAAAUUAUUUUAGUAGAA